AUGACCUCUCUUCCGCUUCCCCGUGUGGAGUCUCUGGCGGACUGUACCUCCUUCAAGCUGACUGUUCUGCCCUACCUCCAGCAGCUGCAAUGGCUGCCCGCCAGCUUGCGCGAAGCUGGUCAGGAUCUGACUAGCUUGAAGGAGAUUUAUCUCGCUGUCAACCCCUUUGUAUCCGCGCUCGCACUAUGCUCCGUCUUGGCUGGUCUGUUCUUCUUGGCCAGCGAGCUCAACCGGAACUUUUCGCAGGUAGACCGAUUCUGGAGCAUCUUGCCUGCUGUCUAUAAUGUCCACUUCGCCACCUGGGCGCGCUUGUCUGGCAUUCGAACCCAAUCCUUGGAUACGAUCGCUGUUAUUAGCAUCAUUUGGAGUGCUCGCUUGACUUUUAACUAUUGGCGUCGAGGUGGCUAUAAAAUUGGAUCUGAAGAUUACCGCUGGGAGAUCGUCCGCGAGAAGGUGAACAACACGUUCCUCUUCACGAUCUUCAACUUCGUCUUUAUUUCCGUGAUUCAGUCGCUUCUGCUUCUUCUCAUUACCGCCCCAACGUACACCUUUGUGAUCGCCGCAUACAACCAGGAGGCCGAAAUUUUCGGUCUGCCUGACCUGGCUUUCUCGCGUGCUGCGCUCUUCCUCAUUGUCAUCGAGUACUUUGCCGAUCAGCAGCAGUGGAAUUUCCAGACCGCGAAACAUGAGUAUCAGACGAAUGCGCGCAUUUCCGAGCCUUUCAAGGACCAAUACACCCCUGAAGACCUGGAGCGUGGCUUCGUCGUUAGCGGCCUUUGGUCCUGGUCGCGCCACCCCAAUUUUCUUGCUGAGCAGGCUGUUUGGUUGACCCUCUACGCAUGGGCGGCCUACCGCACCGAAACCUACGCCUCCUGGGUGGGACUUGGCCUGGUCGGCUUGCUGCUCAUUUUCCAGGGCAGUGUUCGCCUGACUGAGGCCAUCAGCGCUGGCAAAUAUCCCGAGUAUAGCGAGUACCAGGCCCGUGUGGGCCGAUUUAUCCCCCGCCUGUCUGUCGAGGCUAAGAAGAGCAAGUCCAGUGGUAAGAAGGUUACCUCCUCCAAGACCGAGGAGGCAGACUCUAAGAAGAGUCAAUAG